AUGAGCUCUCCAGUAGGCACGCCGCUGGAAACUCCGGCGUCACCAGCCAAUGAGCCUCUGCCUCUGUUUGAAGUCCCUCUUGCGGCUGAAGGGGCUGUCCUCGGUGACAACUUUGUUGAUGCCACCCAGGCCGCCGACAUGAACAGCAACGGCCAUCACCACACAAACGGUGCCAGCAAUGGGGCCAACGGCGCUAAUGGGACCAGCGGCACUAAUGGGACCAAUGGCAGUAUCCCAAGCCAGACCCCCAUCAACAACAUCCCAUCCACCCAAGACACAAGACAGAGCAAACUCCCACCACCAACCGGCCCCAAGUAUGAGCCCGUCGCCAUCGUCGGCAUGGCCUGCCGUCUUCCAGGCAGCGUGUCCGACCCCGAAGCCUUCUACGAGCUGUGCUGCCUGGGCCGCAGCGGGUGGAGCGAGAUCCCGUCGCACCGCUUCAGCAAGGAGGGCUACCACCACCCAAACCCGGACCGGCUGGGCUGCUUCAACCCGGUCGGGGGCUGCUUCCUGAGCGAAGACAUUGGGCUGUUCGACGCGCCAUUCUUCAAGAUCACGGAGCGCGAGGCCGUGGCCAUGGACCCGCAGCACCGGCUGAUCCUCGAGUGCACGUACGAGGCGCUGGAGAACGCGGGGAUCCCCAUGCACAGCAUCGCGGGGCGCAACGUGGGCUGCUUCGCGGGCGGGUCGUUUACCGACUACGAGCUCAACAACCUGCGCGACCUCGAAACGCAGCCCAUGCACCAGAGCACCGGCAACGCCCCCACCAUGAUGGCGAACCGCGUCUCGUACUUUUUCGACCUCCGCGGCCCCAGCCACACCGUCGAGACCGCCUGCUCCUCCAGCCUGACCGCCCUGCACCUGGCCAUGCAGAGCCUGCGCUGCGGCGAUUCGUCGCUGGUGGUCCUGGCCUCGAGCCACCUUAACGUUAUGCCCGACCACUUUGUCGCCAUGUCGUCCAACGGCCUGCUCUCGGGCGACGGGCGGUCGUACGCCUUUGACUCGCGCGCCAACGGCUUCGGCCGCGGCGAGGGUGCCGGUGUGGUCAUCCUGAAGCCGCUGGCGGAUGCGCUGCGGGAUGGCGACAAUAUCCGUGCCUUGGUGGUCGGGUCCGGAGUGAACCAGGACGGUCGCACCAACGGCAUCACCAUGCCCAAUGGGGAGUCGCAGCUGGAUCUGAUGCGCAAGGUGUAUGCGGACAAUGGGCUCGACCCCCGGGACUGCGGUUACGUCGAGGCCCAUGGGACGGGGACGAAGGUGGGCGACCCGCUGGAGAUGAAGGCGCUGCACGACAUGUUUUGGGAGGAUAGGAGCCCCAGACAGCCGCUGCUGGUGGGAUCUGUCAAGACCAACGUGGGACAUCUCGAGGGGGCCAGCGGUAUCGUCAGCCUGAUCAAGUCGGCAAUGAUGCUGGAGAGGGGGUACGUGCUGCCGAACCAUGAUUUCAGAGAGGGCAACAAGGAGAUACCAUUCGACGAGUGGGGCGUAAAAGUGCCAAGCAAGGUCAUGCCCUGGCCCAGGGGGAAAAAGUACAUAAGCAUCAACAGCUUCGGCUUUGGAGGUGGCAAUGCACAUGCUGUCCUGGCUGCGCCGCCAAGAGUCAAGACCAAGAAAGCGCCGUUCAGGCUACCAGGAGAGGAAGGACUCAGUCUGGAGGAGCUGUUGGAGAAGAGAAAGGCAGAUCGGGCGGCGAAUAGUGACCAAGCUGAAGUUGAGGGUCCAGGGGCUGAUGCAGUCCCGCCUCCCGUCAUUGACCAUGUCACCACCACCACCGCCACUGCUACCGCCAUUGCUAUCAACACCGAAACCACCACGGAAACGCCCACAGAAACCCCCACCGAAACCAUCACCGAAACUACAACAACCCCCAAACCCGAGCAGACACCCCACAAGCGAGUCGAGCCCAAGCGCCUCUUCGUCGUCUCCGCCAGCAGCAAAAGCGCCCUCGCCAAGCAAAUGGCCAACAUCACCUUCUACAUCGAGCGGCGGCCCAUCGCCUUCCAGAGCGCCGUGCUGCCCAACAUGGCCUACACGCUGGGCCAGCGGCGGUCCCUGCUGCCGUACAAGCACGCCGUGGUCGGGGCCGACAGCACCGCCCUCACGUCCGGCUUCACCUCGUGCCCCGCCAACCCCAUCAGGUCGACGCGGCCCCCGAGGAUCGGCUUCGUCUUCACCGGACAGGGCGCGCAGUGGCACGCCAUGGGCCGCGAGCUGCUGGCCUCGUACCCCGUGUUCCAGGCCUCGCUGGAGAGCUUCGACGCCUGCCUCUCCCGGCUGGGUGCCACGUUUAGCCUGGUCGCGGAGCUUACCCAAAAGGACGCCAAGACGUCGCGCAUCUCGGACGCCGAGCUCAGCCAGCCCGGCUGCACGGGCGUCCAGCUGGCGCUGGUCGAUCUGCUGCGCGACUGGGGCGUUUGCCCGGAUGCCGUGGUCGGGCACUCGAGCGGGGAGAUUGGCGCGGCGUACGCGGCUGGCGCGCUGACGCUGCACGAGUGCGCGGCCAUUGCGUAUUUCAGAGGCCAGUCGGUGCUGCAGCUCAAGGCGGCGUACCCGGGUCUCAAGGGUGGUAUGCUGGCGGUCGGGGCUGGGUCGGAGGAGGUCUCGGAGAUGAUCAAGACCAUGACCCCUGACCCGGCUCGGAGGGUGGUCGUCGCGUGUGUCAACAGCCCCGGCAGCAUCACGGCUUCGGGUGAUGUGGCGGCUGUGGAGGAGCUGCAGGCCAAGGUGGAAGAGAAGCAGCUCUUCAACAGGCGGGUGCGCGUCGAGACGGCCUACCACUCGCACCAUAUGGAGUUGGUGGCGGACUGGUACGGAGCUGCAGUCGGCCCGCUGGACCCCAAGGCAACCGACCUCAAGCCAAAGGGGGGCCGGCACGUCGUCGAGUUCUACUCGUCCCUCAAGGGCAAGAGGGUGCGGGACCUCGCCGUCCUCGACACCUCAUACUGGGUCCAGAACCUGACGCAGCCGGUGCUCUUCUCCCAAGCCCUGACGGCAAUGUGCACGCCGGCCGAAGGAAAGGACAACCUCGACCUCCUGAUCGAGAUGGGCCCACACCCAGCCCUCGAAGGCCCCGCCAAGCAGAUCCUCAAGAGCAUCGACGCGCUCUCCAAGAAGCCCACGUACCUCGCGUCGCUGGUGCGCAACAAAGACGCCGUCGACACCACGCUCUCGCUGGCGGCGUCGCUGUUCACGCACGGCCGGGCGCUCGACAUGGGGGCCGUUAACUUCCCGGUGCCGGCGGCGCGGGCGCUCAGGGUGCUGAGCGACAUGCCCAAGUACGCGUGGGACCACGGGGCGCGGUACUGGCACGAGAGCCGGAUCGGGCGGGCGCACCUGUUCCGGCGGUUCCCGCGCAGCGACGUGGUGGGCAGCCUGGCCGACUGGUCCAACGACCUGGAGCCGACGUGGCGCAACGUCGUGCGCGCCGACGACAUGCCCUGGGUCCGCGGCCACUUCAUGCAGGACAUGAUCGUCUACCCCAUGGCCGGCUACCUGAGCAUGGCGGUCGAGGCCGCCGCGCAGAGGGCCGUCGUGGCCGGCGUGGGCCAGAGGCAGGACGGGGCGGGGCACGAGGACCAGGACGACGACGCGCUGGCCGCCAUCGACAGGUAUGUGUUUCGCGACGUCACCAUCAGCAGGCCGUUUGUCAUCCAGGAGGGCGUCGAUGCGGAGAUCAACAUCACCAUGCGGCCCAACCCCGAGGGCACGCGGGAGUCGUCGGCCAUCUGGGACGAGUUCCGCAUCUUCUCGUGGAACCGCGAGAGGGAGUGGGUCGAGCACUGCCGCGGGCUCAUCCGCGUCGAGCACAAGUCGUCGCGGAUGGUGGGCGGCGACAGGCCGGGCAGCCCUAGGACCGUCGGCACCGGCGUGCUGGGCCAGGUCAACAACGUCCACGACGCCAAGGCGGACGAGGCCGCCCGCUUCGAGGCCAAGAAGCACGCCAUCUCACGAGCCUGCACCGAGACGGUGGCCGCCGAGGACAUCUACAGGGACCUCGAUAGGGUGACGGCGAAAUAUAGCAGGGAGUUCCGCUCGAUGGAGAACUGCUCGGCCAGCGACACGGCCUGCACCGCCGACGUGGUGGUGCCCGACACGGCGAGGACCAUGCCCAAGGGCUUCGAGCCGGCCGUGCACAUCCACCCAGCCCUGCUGGAUCAAUUCACCCACGCCGCAUGGGUUGUGGUUGGUGCCGGGAGGGGCAAGCUGUCUUCGCUGUUCAUGCCUCGCUUCUUCAAGAGCCUGUCCAUCUCGGGAAAUCUGCGCCACCACGUCUCCAAGCCAGGCGACAGGAUGCGUGUGUAUGGCAGUGGGAAUCCGGACUUUUCCAGCCCUGGGUCUACCACGAUAUCCAUGUUUGCCACAGACAUUGAGGGCAAAUCAGAAUUGAUUUCGAUGGAGGGGCUGGUCCUGGACCCUAUUCAUGACGCUGGGGGGCAGCAGGUCGACCAAGGGGUUGCCAGGGAGCUGUGCUAUAAAAUAGAUUGGGUUCCUCUCCAUGGCGAGAAAGUCACGACGGUCACGUCACGAUCCGAGGAUCGGAAUAAGACGACUCCAGCACAAAAUACGAAUAGGGAGAUAUCAGACAGCAUAAUGAUUGUUGGACCGCCCACCCAGCAAAACCCUACCACCCUGACACUGACCGACAGUCUCGAGCAGCAGCUGUCGAAACAUGUUUCCAGCAGCACCGGACAAUCCAUCACAUCCAUUCCUCUGGAAACUGGUUGCUCAGAAGGAGCAGACACGUCUCCAUACGUCGGCAAAAUCUGUAUAGUCACUGCAGAGCUAAAUGGCUCACCACUCCUCGCAACACUCAACGACGCAGGCUUCGCCGCCGUACAACGCCUCAUCCUCUCCGCCAAGGGAAUCCUGUGGGUCGUGAGGGGGGCUCACACCGACGCCACAGAUCCCCGUCUCGGCAUGAUCUUUGGCCUGGCCCGAACUGUGCGGUCCGAAACUGGCAUCAAGUUUGCUACCCUCGACUUGGACGGGAAGGCCAGUCAGGAUGCUGCCGAGGAAAGCAGGCUAAUUGCAGAGGUUGCCUGUCAUGUCUUUGGCAAGCGGCCUAGCACCGACGAAAACGAUAUCGAUGCAGACGGCGACCCAGACAUGGAGUUCCAAGCCAGAGACGGAAUCCUCAGCGUAGCCCGCGUCAGCAACGACACCACCCUCGACUCCUUCGUCGAGCAGCACACCAACGCCGCAACAGCCCCAUACCCACAGCCCUUCCACCAGCCCGGCCGCCCCCUAAAGCUCGUCGCCGGGACCAAAGGAGCCCUCGACACCCUCCACUUCGUCGACGACCUGGUCAACAGCCCCAGCAGCCCCCUGAGCGCCGACGAGAUCCUCAUCGAGGUCAAGGUCACCAGCAUGAACUUCAAGGACGUCAUGGUGUCGAUGGGCGAGGUGCCGUCCCCGUACCUGGGCGUCGAGUGCGCCGGCAUGGUCGCGGCCGUCGGCGCCGCCGUGCACGACCUCAAGGUCGGCGACCGCGUCUGCGCCAGCUCCGAGGGCGCCUACUCGACCUACACGCGCUGCCGGUCCACCAGCGCCGCCCGCGUGCCCGACGACAUGACGCUCGAGGCCGCCGCCACCGUGCCCGUCGUCUUCGCCACCGCCUACUACGCGCUGUUUGACGUGGCCCGCCUGCGCAGGGGCGAGUCGGUGCUGAUCCACGCCGCGGCCGGCGGCGUCGGCCAGGCCGCCGUCAUGCUGGCGCGCAUGGUCGGCGCCGACGUCUACGCCACCGUCGGCAGCGCCGCCAAGCGCGAAUUCCUGGUGGAGACGUACGCCGUCCCGGGCGACCGCAUCUUUUACAGCCGCGACGUCUCGUUUGCCGCCGCCGUCGGGCGCGCCACCGGCGGCCGGGGCGUGGACGUGGUGCUCAACUCGCUGGCGGGCGACGCGCUGCGCGAGACGUGGGAGUGCGUGGCGCCGUUUGGGCGCUUCGUCGAGAUUGGCAAGCGCAGCAUCCUGGCCAACGCCGGGCUGGGCAUGGGGGUGUUUGACCGCAACGCGACGUUUGCGUCGGUGGACCUGACGCUCGUGGCCCAGGAGAGGCCGCGCGUCAUGCGCCGGCUGCUCGACGACGUGUUCCGGCUGCUGAGCUACGGCGCCGUCCGGCCCAUCUCGCCCAUCACCGUCUUUGGCGUGUGCGAGGUCGAGGCGGCGUUUCGCACUCUGCAGGCCGGCAAGGCGCACGGCAAGAUCCUCGUCACGGCCGCGCCGGGCGAUCUGGUCAAGGCGACCUACUCGCCGCGGACGUUUGAUCGGCUGUUCAGGGGCGAUGCUACGUAUGUUGUCGUUGGCGGGACGGGUGGAAUCGGGCGGAGCAUCGUCAAGUGGAUGACAGAAAAGGGGGCGAGGCACGUGGUUGUUGUGUCUCGAUCCGAUGCUGUCUCGCCCAAGGUGGCUGACAUGAUCAAGGAGGCCGAGACUGCCCACAGCGCAAAGGUCUCAGUAUCUCGGUGUGAUGUUGCCCAGGUUGAAGACGUAGAGAGGAUGAUUGCGGAGAUUUCGUCGGCUGGCAUGCCUCCCAUCAGGGGCAUGAUACACAGCGCCAUGGUGCUCGAUGUAAGGCAAACCCAACCCCCCCUCUCCUCUCUCAGUACCCAAAACACUAACCAGUAA